AUGGCCGAUUCAGACUCUCCUUCGCAUACCCUGCGAGCCCUCGACCGCAAUAUAGACCACAGCUUCAUCCUUCCCGUCAAGCGCAUAAACGAUGGCGACGACGUAUCCUUCUUCCUCGCCAGCAACGCCUACGCCGACAUUAUGACGUUCAUCUUCCAGCUCAACGUGUCAAUGCUCCCCCGAAGAGUUAAGAAUGAGCAGCAGAAAUCAGAAGUCGCCAAAGAAUGGACGCUGCAGGACCCAGACGUCUCUUACCCGCCUGUCGUCCAGAAUCUCGCUAAGCUUCUCGAGACAUUGGGAGCCAUCAUCGACGAGGCACCCCCGGAUCCCGGUCCGCGCCGAUUUGGCAAUAUCAGCUUCAGAAAGUGGUAUGACCUCGUGAAGGAGCGUGUCCCGGAUCUCAUGGACCAGUAUCUUCCAUCCGACAUUCUCACUUCCGCCUCGACUGGAGAGGUGUCCGCCAAAGCCGAGCUAGAAGCCUACUUGACCGGGAGCUUUGGAAGCGCUCAACGUCUAGACUACGGCACGGGUCACGAACUGAGUUUCAUAGCAUUCCUAGGAGGGCUGUGGAAGCUGGGUGCAUUUCCCGAGAGUGUGGACGGGAGUCAAGAGCGUGCGAUUGUGCUGGGCGUCAUUGAGCCAUAUCUACAACUCAUCCGGCGUUUGAUUCUGACGUACACCCUCGAGCCUGCAGGGUCACACGGGGUUUGGGGCUUAGACGACCACUCCUUCCUCCCUUACGUCUUCGGAUCUGCGCAAUUUUCGCCAGCGAUAUCCUCACCGUCUGGAAUUGCCGCCGAGGGUUCUCUGCCAGACGCCCCCAAUCCAGCAGACGUAGCGAAGGCAAAUGUGGUCCAGCGGGAGCGGAAGCGCAACAUGUAUUUCAGCGCUAUUGGGUUCAUUUAUGAUGUGAAAAAGGGCCCGUUUUGGGAGCACAGCCCCAUCCUGUUCGACAUAUCCGGCGUCAAAGCGGGGUGGGCUAAGAUCAAUAAGGGCAUGCUGAAGAUGUACAACGCGGAAGUGCUGUCCAAGUUUCCAGUCGUGCAACACUUUCCCUUUGGAUCGCUGUUUGCAUGGGAGCGGGAUCCCGCUGCCAAGCAGAUUCAAGCAAGCGUGCAUACGACCAGCCAGCCAAAGACCAUUGUGCCUUCGUCGAGGCCGCAACCUCCGCCGCGGGAUCCGUUGGCGGAGAUGGGAACCCAGAGCACUCGCGCACCUUUUGCGCCAGGUGGAAUGCCCCCCAUGAGCGGCACAGCAGCGCCAUGGGCAUCCUCACGCGUCCCUUCGCGCCCAUCGGUACCUGUCCCUAGUGGUCCAAACCAGCCAACGGGUGCCCCAUGGGCCUCUACCACGCCGUUGCCGCCGCCUUCCGGAGAGACAACGACUGCGCCUUGGGCUAGACCGGGAGGAACCGUAGCACCGACAACUGCACAGGGGCCAGCUCCAAGCACCCGGGCCCCUUGGGCGGACAAGAAGCCGCAGAGCUAG